AUGGCUUUCGCCGCCUUGCUACAUGCUUCGCUGGUGCCUGCCCCCCUCAUCUUCUUCGCCAUCUGGCAUAUAAUUGCCUUUGAUGAACUUCGGACAGACUUCAAGAGCCCAAUCGAUCAGUGCAACCCAGCCCACGCAAGAGAGCGGCUGAGAAAUAUUGAGCGGAUUUGCUUCCUCCUGCGAAAGCUGGUCUUGCCAGAGUACUCUAUCCACAGUCUUUUCUGCAUAAUGUUUUUAUGUGCUCAGGAGUGGCUCACGCUGGGGUUAAAUGUUCCUCUGCUUUUUUAUCACUUGUGGAGGUAUUUUCGUUGCCCAGCAGAUAGUUCAGAGCUAGCCUAUGAUCCACCUGCAGUCAUGAAUGCAGAUACCUUGAGUUACUGCCAAAAAGAGGCCUGGUGUAAGCUGGCUUUCUAUCUCCUUUCCUUCUUCUACUAUCUCUACUGCAUGAUCUACACUCUGGUGAGCUCUUAACUGAAAGAUCAUCGUUAAAGACUGAAAACAACAAAGACUGGAAGUGCAAGGACAAGUGAACCAAGUGAUGCAUGAUUAAAAAAGCAACAAGGAAAAAUUUGAACCCAAGCAGUUAAUAGAGAACAUGAAAGAGAGACCCAGCAAGAAGAAGCAGAUGAGCAUGGGAGAAUGGCUGAGUUAAUUGUUUUUGUCUCCUGUUUCUCAGUGUACUGCAGUAAAUGACUUUCAAAAUCCAAGCAAACAAAAAAAUGCAACAAGGGCCAAGUUACACAGCUAUUCACCUGUCCAGGAAUAAUGCUGCUUGCUUUAGUGGAUUCAUUAUAAACUAUAGUCCCUACUGUCUUCCAGGGAGCAAAGUGUCUUUUCUUAAGGACUCUUCUGGACUGAGGAAGCAGAGGACAAGAUAAUCUUACAUAGAAAGAAGACCUAUAUAACACAUUCUGAAAAUGAGCACUGAGUGGACUUCAGAUAAGAUAUAUGACUGUCCUGAAGGGAUAUUCACAUGAUACUAAGCAAACAGGGAUGUCAAAUCUCAUGGAACUGUUUCAGUGGUUUUGUUUGGGGUUUUUUUCCAUCAAAAUAACGAUGACAAAAGAAUUUGCAGUUGCAAUAUUCUGUUUUCUGAUUAUAUGCUAUUCCUGCAGGUGAACACCCAGUAUGUUUCUGUACUUCAUUUGUGAUAUGCCAGUAACAUACAGUGAUAUGUAUAAAUACAUUGUUUUUGACCUAAACGUGCCAAGCACUUAUCAGAAUAGUGUUCCUCUGACUGGAAAAAAAAAAUCCAAGGUAUAAGCUGCAUAUAUUAAGGAGGGUUGUAACAUAGGUAUUAUAUUCAUCACAAUGCUGGAGAACAAAUACUGGACCAGCUAAUCAUGGCCUGUAAUUCUGUUUUGCAGCUUAUUCCUGCUGUAAAAUUUAAGCCAGAACAAAUACACAAAAUGUUUUUGUCUUUUAUGACAUUCGUAUUGAAAGUUGUUCAUGUUUUUAUGAUUUAAAAGUUUUUAAAU